GGUUAGACUCACCUUUGGGGCUAUUUCCAACGGGACUAGAUGGCUGCAGGAAUCCUUUAUUUGAUAUGCCGAAUCCUAGGACGACACCUGAUUCCGAUAUGUUCGUUAAAAAGAAAAUGGGAAGACCAAAAGGCCAACAUUCCGCCCCACGAGGAGGUCCUCCUAGAUCUUGGACGAACGCAGAACUAACUGAAGCUCUCCAACAUGUGUGGAAUAAAAAGAUGACCACCAGCCAAGCGUCCAGGAUAUUCGGUAUUCCUUACAACUCCCUUCUCAUGUACGUUCGAGGAAAAUAUGGGAAAAGCCUCAAAUUGGAGCAGCUACGAAAAGACUGUAUAGGUGGACCCACUCCUUCAAUGGAUAUUCUCAACAUGUCGGGAGGGAACAAUAACAAUAAUGCUUGCAAAACAGAAAGGGAAGUUGACCAAAUCCAACCAAAUACGAGGCCGCCUAGCACUGAAGAUCAGCCUCAUCCCCAACCCCCCGUUUUCAAUCCUUUUGCACACAGUUUCUACCCAGAUUUUGGUACGGGUUUUCCCAUACCAGUGAGUAUGAUCCACCUGUUGCCUCAAAGUGAGAAGAGUAGAGAGCAUUACAGUCAACAACAGCAUCAGCCAAUGGAAGAAGACUGUAAGCAACGAACGAAAGAAAUGGACGAAGAACAGGAUGUAUUCCGGCCACCCUCCCUGUCUAUCGAAGAUAGAAGAGAGUUAGUACAACAAAAUGGUCAAAACUGAAUUGAAUGUACUGUUGUCGGAUUGUAGAUGGGUACGAUUUGAUGGAAAAGGCAAACUGGUUCUCUAAUCUGGAAUAAAACUGAAAAAGUCGGAUAUUUAACCCUCAGUUCACCACAAGGUCUCCUGCAAAUGAAAUGUAUUACUCUGUAUAUUUCUCAGAUACCUUUCAUUCAAAAUAUUAAAGAAAUACACAUUUCCUUUAAUAUUUGGAUGUUGAAAUCAUCGCCAUCUUUCAAUUUGUGAUGUUAUAGUUUUGGAUAUUUUUUCAGAAAAGCUAUUAAAUGAAACAAAAAUUGCCAAUGUACAAUAUAACUAACAAAUUUCAAUAGCAAGUGAUUAUACUUUUCAAAAAUCUAUUGCUUUCCAAGUAUACCAAAGCUUUCAUGUAUUUUCUAAAAAACUGAAUUGAAUAUAUCCAUCAAGCUGGAUGUCGAGUUUACGACUCUAACUGAUCUUCCUGUAAAAUUAAUUCCAGGAGCGAGUCUACAGAAUGAAUGGAUGUCGAGUCUAUGACUCCAACUGACCUCCCUGUUAAUUUAGUUCAGGAUCGAGUCUAUAGAAGAGAUGGAUGUCAAGUCUACGACUCCAAUUG